AUGAAUGUCACUUUAGAAGAUGGAUUUAAUCAAAAAUUAACACCAGGUAUAUUACCAGAUAGUGUUGGAUCAUUGGAUUUAGGUGAUAUCAAACAAGAAUUAAUAAUUGGUUCAAUACCUAAUACUGUAACGAAUAUCUUUUUAUUAGAAGGAUUCAAUCAAAAAUUAACACCAGAUAUUUUACCAGAAAAUGCUAUCACUACCAGAGAAUGA